AUGCCGUUCGGUUGCUUAGACGCGUCGGCGUCGUCGUUGAAAGUUGAAAAGAGACUGGGUGACGGUUUCAUUGAAUUAAAGGAAGAAAUCGAUCCACGCGGGAAUGAUGGCGACUUAAAAUCACAUGGUUAUAUGAGUGUAAUACCUGGAAUGUGGAAGCUCAGAGCAUGUUUAACAAAUCCCUCAAACUGGCGGAACCCUCAAGUUCGAUGCCAACCUGCAGCAGUGAGGGUUGCAGGCAAUUUCCCAGGCCGAAGCCCUCACACGGUCAACGCACGCACGGGGAGGAAAUUUCCUCCCGCCUCCUCCUUCCUCCUCCUCCGCCCCUCGAUCCGCCGGCGCCGGCCGCCCGAUUCGGCCGCCACCGCCGCCGGCCCGCCUCCCCGCCGCGUCGCCGACCUCCUCCUCCGCCCUCUCGCCCCGCCGCACGCCACCCCGAGCUCGCUCGCGCCCCGCCCGUCCCCGCCUCCCCACCGCGCCGCCUCCGGAGCUCCCUCGUCCGCCCCCGUCCGCCCCGCCUCCCGCUGCUGCCCAGCCGUCCCGAGCCCGCCUCCCGAGCCCGUCCCCGCCUCCCGAGCUCGCCGUCCGCCGCCCCCGCCUCGAGCCUGUCCCCGCGUCCCCGCCUCCGGCCCGUCUCCGCCUCCCGCUGCCGCCCCGCCGCCGCCCUCCCCGCCUCAAGCCCGUCCCCGAGUCCCUCCCCGCCGCGUCGACGUCCGCCGCCCGACCUCGCCUUCGCCCCGCCGUCGGCCUUGGUAA